ACAGAGGAAACCCACCCAACGCUUUUCAAGUACCGACACCUUUUUCCCUUUUGGAUUUUUCUUCCAUUUUCUCUUGCCUUUUCGCUUCUUUACUAUACCCACUAACCCAUUUUUCCAUUUACCAUUCCUUUUCUUUUUUUUUGCCUUUCCUUCACUUGGUCUUCUUCUUCGUCUUCUUCUUCGUCUUCUUCUUCGUCUUUCGUCUUCUUCUUCGUCUUCUUCGUCUUCUUCGUCCCUCUCCUCCUCUUUUAACUUCAUUCUUGUUGCUUAAUUAGUUUGUUUCUUCUUAUGUUUUUGUUGAAAUUCUCUGUUGCGACUAGCCCACUUGAGUAUUUUCUGUGUUCCCUUUUUGAGUUUUGUAUUUUGUGUUUUGUCUCUCUCUUGUUUGUGUUUGUGUAAUGUAUUUAUUCUCUAGCAACAAACCCAUCUUGUCUUUUCCCCUUUAGUCUCCAUUCUCACGUUUAAUUUGAUCUAUGAGAAAUGAUGAGGAUAACUGAGGAUUUUGCUAUCUUUUGUUCAUCUAAAUUGGUAUUCAUAAGGAAUUGCUGGUUUAUUCAGUGAAGUUGAUUAUUGGGAAAUCCUAGUUUGUAUUUUGCUCCUCUGCUCCAAUACUUUGAUUCUGUUGUGUCUAACAAUGUUUCAAGAUGAAGGUACAUCCUCCAUAACUUCCUCUCCUCUUCAGUUCUUCACAAUGAUGUCUCUUUCCCCUAAAUUGGGUUCUCCAUAUCCAUGGCUUAGAGAGCUUAAAUCUGAGGAGAGGGGUUUGUAUUUAAUCCAUUUGUUGCUUACUUGUGCAAAUCAUGUGGCUGUUGGUAGUCUUGACAGUGCUAAUCUUGCCCUUGAUCAAAUAUCCCAUCUUGCUUCUCCAGAUGGUGAUACAAUGCAGCGAAUUGCGGCUUAUUUCGCCGAGGCUCUCGCGGAUAGGAUCCUCAAGACUUGGCCUGGUCUUUACAAGGCCUUUAACUCUACUAAGAUACCAAUGGUGUCAGAAGAGAUUCUAGUUAAGAAAUUGUUCUUUGAUAUGUUUCCAUUCCUCAAGGUGGCUUUUGUGCUUACUAAUCAAGCUAUUGUUGAAGCCAUGGAGGGGGAAAAGAUGAUUCAUAUUAUUGAUCUCAAUGCUAAUGAAACUGCUCAAUGGCUUGCUCUUUUGCAAAUUUUGAGUGUGAGGCCUGAAGGACCUCCACAUUUGAGAAUCACUGGAGUUCAUCCACGCCAAGAGAUUCUGGAUCAAAUGGCUCGUAGGUUGACCAAUGAAGCCGAGAAAUUGGAUAUCCCGUUUCAAUUCAAUUCCGUUGUCAGUCGACUAGAGGAUCUUGAUAUGGAAAAGCUUCGUGUGAAAACCGGGGAGGCUCUGGCUAUCAAUUCAGUUCUUCAGUUGCACAACUUUUUGGGAUAUGAUAAUGAAGCCUUGCAAAAGCCAUCUCCAUCAGCAGCCAAGAAUGUAAAUGGAGUUCAAUACUCGAGAUACCCGCAUCUGAACCAAACCACAUUGAGGGAGUUACUCGACAAGGAUAUGGUUAACGGAUGCAGUCCAAGUCCCGAUUCAGUUUCCUCAUCAGCACUAUCUCAGGCUAAUGCGACGAAAAUCGACAGUUUUUUGAAUGGAUUGUGGAGUUUGACACCGAAGGUGAUGGUCGUAACGGAACAAGAUUCUAACCAUAACGGUACAACAGUUAUGGAGAGAUUAUUGGAAGCUCUCCACACAUAUGCAGCUAUCUUUGAUUGUUUGGAGUCUAACAUGUCAAGAACAUCCCUGGAGAGGUUGAAGUUGGAAAAGAUGCUAUUUGGGGAAGAGAUUAAGAACAUCAUAGCUUGUGAGGGAGCUGAAAGGAAGGAACGGCAUGAAAAACAUGAGACAUGGAAUCAGCGGUUCGACGUCGCCGGGUUUAGGCAAGUGUCUUUGAGUUAUUAUGGAAUGCUGCAGGCUCGGAGCUUGCUGCAGGGGUAUGGUUGUGGUGGUUAUAGGAUGAAGGAAGAGAAUGGUUGUGUGAUGAUUUGUUGGCAAGACCGUCCAUUGUUUUCGGUUUCGGCUUGGAGAUGUUGUAAGUAGAAUGAAUAUAGAAUAUGUUUUCUUAUUAUAGGCGAAACAAUUCUUUUCAUUUCCAUUAGAUUAGCGAACAAGAAUGAUCAAGAUGUUGUUUUCUUACUCGAAAAAUUCAUGAGGCCUUCAUGCUUGUUGAAACUAUAAUAUCAUCACAUUGGUUUUGGUCUCAUCAUGGCUCAUUCUUUGUAUCAGAAGAAAUCCACUCCAACACAACCUUUUCAUGUGGGCUAUUUUUGUAUAUUGAAACUUUAUCCAAACUCGAAAUGUAUUUGAGGCCUACAUUCAUUCUUGUGAAUUUUGCUGGACACUCUGUAGUUUACUACAUGACAAUCUCCUUCUUACUUUAUAAAAAUAAGUGGGACGUACAGUACUCUUUAAA